AUGGACUGGCAACUUUGGGGACUCGCUCUUUAUCUCCAUGUGGCGUUCUCGGCUUCUUGGGACUGUGUCUCUCAGUGUUCCAUGUGUGUUCUUCAUGGCCAGGAUGCAGAGAAUCCCAUCAACCCCUUACGCUGUGCUCUGGAGUGCCAAGAGUCCCUGCUGUCCAGUGUCGAGUGGCUGAAAUGCAAGAGAGUCCUCUUGGUUUUAACCUCCUUUUCGAUGGAGGAGGAGCCCGGCAGAUCCUUCCAGGUGGGUGAAGAGGCCAGGAUGGGCAUGCCAGCCUCUGGGAACACUGUGAAAUGGCACAGCGGCUUGGUGAAGCACCUGGCUGAACCCAAGUUCUCUUCUCUUCUCCAACAGAAUGUCCUCGCCAAGGGGGACGUCAGCAAGAUGCACGGGGGCUUCCUCCAGAAGGUUGGGGAGAGGGCGGACUCGGAGCCGGAGGCCGAAGGGGACGACUCCGAGGCGCUGGAUCUCGGGGGUCUGGUCUCCCACGGAGAGGAGCCGGAUCUGGGCUCCGUCAAGGCGGAGUGGAAGCGCUACGGGGGCUUCCUUCGCAAGUACCCCAAGCGAGGCUCUGCUGCGGGGGGUGCUGAGGAGGACGGGGGCGCCCUGGAGGACCUGCACAAACGCUACGGCGGCUUCAUGCGCAGGAUCCGUCCCAAGCUCAAAUGGGACAAGCAGAAGCGCUACGGGGGCUUCCUGCGCCGCCAGUUCAAGGUGACCACGCGGUCCAAGGAAGAGCCCAAGGCCGCCUCAGGGGAGGUCGCUGACCUAUAG